AAAAAGGAGGAAGUCUCUUGCUGUUCUAUAACAGUCACAACCGAAAGUAGGUUAUAUGGAUAACCGAAAAACCAGACCUUAUUGUAGAUUGUUAAAUCUUUCUGUCUAAAACACAUACGUCAGAUGAAAGUGAUCCUCGGGACAUCUUAAGACGAAAGUGAUGGCUGAGUCAAGAAUGGCAGAGUCACCAGACCUUAGGAUUGUCCUGUUGGGCAAGACAGGCGUUGGGAAGAGUGCAUCAGGGAACACCAUCCUGGGAAGUAAAGCGUUUCUAUCCAAACGGAGUUUAGUCUCUGUGACAAAAGAAUGUGCAGAAGAAAUGUGCAUAAUUAAUGAUCGUAAAAUCUCUGUGGUGGACACUGUGGGUAUUUUCAGUACCAACAGCUCUGAUGGACUGAUUGAGGCAGAGUGCAAGAUGGCCAUGGAAUCUCCUGUCCCCUGUGUUUUCCUUGUGAUAAUUAAAGUGGACAGGUUCACAAAUGAAGAGAAACAAGCUGUGGAGAGAAUUGAAGACAUAGUUGGUAAAGAUGGAAUGAAAAGAAGCUGUAUCCUUUUGACGCAUGGUGACAUGGCAGAAGAGCUGACAGUGGAUGAAAUGAUUCGAGAAGAAGGAGCUGAAGACUUCCGUGAAGCAGUGAUGAAAUUUCAGGGGAGGUGCCAUCUGUUCAACAAUAAGAUUGAGAGUCGUGAUCAGGUUUACAAACUUCUGACCAAACUAGAAGCACUCCAAAAGACUGCUUCCAACAUGAAUUCAGAAAACACCACGGAAAGCUCACCUGAGAGAAGAAUUGUGUUGCUGGGCAGAAGUGGAGUUGGGAAGAGUGCAUCGGGGAACACCAUUUUGGGUCUGAGAAGAUCAGAGCAGUUCAGGUCUGACUGUAGCUUUAACUCAGUAACAGAAAACAGUGAGGCCAAAUCAGCACUAGUGGCAGGAAGGGAAGUCAAGGUGAUAGACACACCUGGCCUCUCCAAGGGGAAACGCACUCCUCAGCAUGUGUUUAAUGAGAUGAUGAAGAGUUGCCUGCUCGCUGAAGAGGGGCUGCAUGCUUUUGUCUUAGUGGUUGAGCUGGGCAGGUUUGAAAAGAACGAUGAUGAGAUAAUUUACUUACUCAAAAAGGCAUUUGGUAAGGAGGCUUUGAAAUAUGCAGUGGUUCUUUUCACACAUGGUGAUAAACUCAGCAGCCAAAACAUUGAACAAAAUAUACAGGAAAACAAGGAUCUUAAAACUCUUGUGGAAAUGUGUGGUGGCAGAUACUGUAUCUUCAACAACAAAUCCAGGAACAACGAACGGCAGGUUAGGGAGUUGUUUACGAAGGUAGAUGAAAUGGUACAAGUCAAUGGUGGCACAGCCUAUGUUGGUGAGAUUGUCGGCAAAGCGCGCGCUAUCAUGCGAGAACUAAAAGAUAACGAUACAAAUUACAGCGAUAGGCUGAGAACUGCCUGGGAACUCUUAUGCGACUUGGUGGACUUCAUCUGGGAAGUAAUUAGCGAAUCUUUUACAAGUUUUUUGACAAAAGUACGCAAACUUCCUCACAAACCUGCCCACAAUUACAGCCAUCUUUCACAACCACUCUAAUUUACUGGUCAUUUUAAACAUCUGGAAACAUUUACAGACAAUUGAGAAUAAUAUUUUAAAUAUUAUUUUCGAGGUGCCCAUGUUGUUGAUACUUGUUAUUAGUGGAUAGAACAUCCACUAAGUUACUUAUAAUAAUCUUCAAUAAGAAUUGUACAAAUUUCUCAAGCAAGCGUUUUGCUGCAGGACUAGACUAUCGGGGCAGUUGUAAUCGGAGGGAUUAGAUGAGAAGGAUGCAACUGAACAAACGAUCACACGCUAAUGUGUAAGGAUGAAUGACGUCACACAUCCGUCAAAUAAUCUGUCUCAUUUAACAGAGUGCCAAGGUGUUUUUCGUCUCAUUUUGUAGUUCACAGAAUCCAGAUGUGUUUUACUUUUUUUUAAUUGUGUUUGGUUUGUCUUUUAUCGUUCGAAUUAUACUGAACAAAUAUAUAAACGCAACAUGUAAAGUGUUGGUCUCAUGUUUCAAGAGCUCAAAUAAAAGAUCCCAGAAAUGGUCCGUACACACAAAAAGCUUAUUGCUCUAAAAUGCACAAAUUAGUUUGCAUCCCUGUUAGUGAGCAUUUCUCCAGCCUAAGGCUGGCCAUCGUUCAUAAAUAUACACACACCAAAUAAAUAACGGCCCAUUUUAAUGUCAGGUAAAAGUGUUAUUGUAACUAUUGUAAAACAAAUGUCCUGUACAGAUGGGAAAUUGUUUUUGUAUUCACUGUCCAGUAAAGGCUCAAAUAGCCUCUGCUCUCUCCUUUACAGUUCUGAGAAUAUGCAGAACUUGUCUGGGAAGCCUUUCGUUUGUCCUGGGAUAAUGUUUUGAACUCCUAUUUUCAUUUAACCUUUAUUUUGACAGGGAGUCAUGCUGAGACCAAGGUCUCCCUUACAGAGGAGCCCUGUAUACACCUCAAUACUCACCUCAAUACUCACCUCAAUACUCACCUCAAUACUCACCUCAAUACUCACCUCAAUACUCACCUCAAUACUCACCUCAAUACUCACCUCAAUACUCACCUCAAUACACACCUCAAUACACACCUCAAUAUUCACCUCAAUUCUAAAUUCAAUAUUCACCUCGAUACUCACCUCGAUACUCACCUCGAUACUCACCUCAAUUCUAAAUUCAAUAUUCACCUCGAUACUCACCUCAAUACUCACCUCAAUACUCACCUCAAUAUACACCUCAAUACUCACCUCAAUACUCACCUCAAUACACACCUCAAUACACACCUCGAUACACACCUCGAUAUUCACCUCGAUACUCACCUCGAUACUCACCUCGAUACUCACCUCAAUUCUAAAUUCAAUAUUCACCUCGAUACUCACCUCAAUACUCACCUCAAAUCUCACCUCAAUACUCACCUCAAUUCUAAAUUCAAUACUCACCUCAAUACUCACAGUGAAACACGAAAAGCAAAACACAAUCAUAGAAAACAAACACAUGCUUCAGUAAAAAGGUGGUUGAUAUAUUUGAGUUGUAUAUGAUCACAAUUGGCCCAGCGUCGUCCUGGUUUGGCCGGGGUAGGCCGUCGUUGUAAAUAAGAAUUUGUUCUGAACUGACUUGCCGAGUUAAAUAUAGGUUAAAUAAAGGUUAAAUAAAAUAAACAUUUAAACUUUAAGAAUAUUAUGAGAUUUUUUUUGUUCAGUUUCUAAUUUGUUUAUGUAUGUAGGCCUUAUUUUAUAAUUUUUAUCUUUCUAAAUGUAAUUUACUGUAUCUCACUGUUUCUUGCAUUUUUAAAUACAUUAUAUUACAUGUUAAACAGCAAAAGGUUUAUGAAAUAAUAAAAUACCUCUUUCUCUCA